AGUUCUGGGGCGGACUGCGGUCGUAUGGUACUUCUUCCCGAAGAGAAAGCCUUGUGGAGAUUUUUUUCUAUAAAAAAAAAAUUAAGAAAUUUGAGAAUGAUGGAACAAAACUACUAAAUUUCAUUUUCCUGUGACUCCUUAGCUGGAAAACUAUCAAAAUCUGUGGAUGAAUUUAUGAGAUAAGAAAAAGGAUGGCAUCCAGAAUAAACACCAGCUUCACUUUGAUCCCCAACCAGAAAUACAGACGGAGUAACCGUCGACCCAGCUAUUUUUCCAACACCCCUGACUCAGAUUCUCAGCCCUUAUCAACAUUUGGGAAUUUUAAAGCCUUGCCAUUGGAAAUAUUCCAAAUAAUCUUAAGAUAUUUGUCAGUGAAGGAUAUCAGCAUGCUGAGCAUGGUGUCUAAAACAGUCAGCCAGCACAUUAUCAAUUAUAUCUCAACCUCAUCAGGAAGCAAAAGACUCUUACUGCAGGAUUUUCAUAACCUUGAGCUGUCUGGCAGGAAACAAGACUCUGCUAUACUGAAUCACUACAGAUGUCUAGGUCUACUAUUUAAAAGAUGUACGUUGUUGCUGCCCACAAAAGAAAGGCUAAAGUACAUUCACAAAAUACUCGCAGAAGUUUCAUGUUUUAAAUUCAGUGGCUGUGCAGUUCCUAUGCAGUGCUCAGGAUUACCAUGUUAUGGCUUGUUUUUACAGACCUUAACAGCAGGUUGGGAUGAACUUGAGUGCCAUCGUGUUUAUAACUUCUUAUGUGAGCUGACUAAUCUUUCCCGUAAGAUGCAGACUGUUGUCUGUAGUAAACCAGGAAGUGCCCGGAAACUGGAAUUAAGGAUCAGGCUGUUCUGUAGAAAUGUUUUGCUUGAUCAUUGGACACAUCGUAGUGACUCUGCUUUUUGGUUGACUCGUAUAUUAAAACCAUGGCCAAUGGUGAAUCAGGCAAGAUUACUAUAUAUCAUCUUCGGGCCAAUAUCUCCUCAUGAUGUGGUUCCCCGUGAGUGGCUUCUAGAGAAUAAUGCACGUCUCCUAAUCCUAAGUGGGAAUAACAUCUGUUUCACUUUCAUGGCUAGUAAAGCUGUGAAUGGACGAGUCAUUGAACUGGCAAGGCUGAUAGUCUUUUUGGCUUUGGUGUGUGAGAAAGAACUGUACUGCAUGGAUUGGGCAGUUAAAAUGAUGCAAAAAGUUUGUAAAGUCUUUAGCACUCCAGUGGAAAGAAAUAACUUCCUUCAAAGUGUGGCAAAUGCAUUUGCAUGUGUUACAAUGGAAAUGCUGCAGUCAGUUAUGUCUGGUGACCAUGAUGAAGACAACAGAAGCUUUUUGAAUUUGUUCCAUCUUGUGCAUGCACAGGCUAACUUCCAUAAAGAGGUCCUGUAUUUGACCAUGAUGAAUACUCUCUCAACCUAAAUACUCAGAAAGCCCUGUCUUUAGAGAAUACCUCACUAAACUAACAAUUAGAAGAGUGCUACUUUUUCACACCUGAAGGAUAGCAUCCAUGGAACUUUUUAACAUCUAAAUAACCUAAGAAUUCAAAAGAUGCAUAGAAUUUUAGAAGCAACUGCUUACACCAUUAUUAUAUAAAAAUAACAGGCAAACCCAAGAAUGUAUUGAGGUUCUCUGGAAAACAAGCUGUGCCUCUUCGGAUUUGGGUAAAUCUGACACCAAUCCAAAAUGGAACAUUACCUGUCCAAGAAUCUGGGGCCAACCCAACCUGCAUGUGUGAAUGGUUGAAGCAAGAGCAAAUGCGGGUUUAUAUUUAGAAAAUAUCCAAAUUCACUAAAUAGUAUGUAACUGUUUGCUUCGCUUAGGUUAUGUGGACAUAGCCUAGAAUGUUUUCUGAUUUGCAGUGUGGUGUUUUGGAAUGUGCAGAAUGUAAAUCAUAUUCUUUAUCACCUUCUUGGCAUACAAUUAAAAAGAACAUUAUAAUUAUAUUUUGUUCAGGCUUUGCAUGAACUAAGAUAAAGAAACUAAAGGAUGUGUGUGUGUAUAUAUAUAUACAUACAUAUAUAUGUGUGUGUUUAUGUGUGUAUAUAUAAAUUUCUCUAAGAUGGAUAAUAUAAAAGGUCUAUAAAAAGAGGAAAGUUUAUGUUAUCUCAAUGCAAUCAAAUCACCUUUUAUACUUUCCUGGAGAUUACAGUUCAAUGUUGCCAAUAAAGGAAAAUAUAAAGUGGAAGAAAUAGCUAUUCUGCUGCCAGAACAAACUUCACAAGAAAUUUUUGUGUGUCGUCUUCAAGGUUUUCUUCCCAUCUUAGAAACUGGGACUUGAACGAAGGUUAGAGCAGCCCAGGAGAGAGUGGGGUUUCUUUUCACUCAAGGAAAUGGGUUCCAAGAAGCUCUAGGACUAUUUCAGCCUCACUAGCAUCUGCCUCCACAACUUUCACUAUCAAAGUAAAAAAUAAUACUGCCUAACGAGGCUGAAAUAAUACUGGCAGCCUCCUGGAUCUCCCAUUUUCUUCUCCUUAGUUUUGAUCACUUUGCUUCUGCUGAAGACACACCCCUUCCCACUGUAAUACUCAGAGGCUGGCUUUCUUUUCCCAAACUCUUGAUUUAACUCACCUCUGGAGCUGAUGAAGGGAAGAAACACUAGAAGACAUGGAAAUUACUAGUGGAAGUGGAGUAUAAAUUGGGAGAAAUUCUCAAGUGUUUGGCAAGAGGUGCUCUGUAUGUUAGAGAUUUAAUAAGACAGGAAGAGUGAAAAUUGUGGAGAAAAUAUAAAUUGUGACAACAGGAUUCUACUGUAUUUCAAUACCAAAAACACUUACCUUCACUUUUGGAGGGUCAGAAAUUAACUGCCUUUCUUUGAUGAAAAGUCUGCCUGAGAAUAUCUCAGAGCAUUUCAGGGAGAAAAAAAAAAAUUGUCCAGCUAUAAUUCCAUUGAUGACAGAAAGAAUUUUUUCCAGAGUUUAGCAUUUGCAAUUUUAUGCAGAAAUGAAGUUCUUGCUCUUAUCCUAGUUUCAUUUUCCUCUUUUUAAUUUAAGAAUUCACCCUCAACUGAAUAAUAAUGAUUAAAGUUGGCAGACACCAGAAUGUAAAAUUACACCUUAAUUAGCCUUUUCUUCCCUCUCUCUCUCUCUCUCUCUCUGUCUUUCUCAUCUCUAUCUCUAAUUUGUAUCGCUAUCAUCUCUCUCUUUCUUUUCCAUGCAUCCUUUGGAAAGCCUAAUAGAUUUAUUUAUCAAAACAAUAGUGAUUCCAGGUUGAGAGAAUGCCUAUGAAAUUACUUGGAGAAAAAAGGAAAAAUAAGGAAAAAGUAAAAUAUAUAAUAUAGUGAAUAUUUAAAAUAUUUUACUAAAUGGUAGAAAUUUCAUUCUUUUAGAGAAAGAAAUUUGGUGUUGUGACAUUUCCUUGAAUUAUCAUUUUAAAUUAUUCAGGUCUCCACAGUGGUUAUUUUCAGCAAGUUUACAGAAAUAGCAUGGUUUAAUUUUAAACAUUUUUGAUCCGGACUUUGAAUCUCAUUGCACACCUGGACUGACAUAGCUGCUGCUGUAAAUUUUUAACUCACAUUAUUUCAUCAUUCUCAGUGAUUGUGAGGUUAUUAUUUCACCCUCCCCAGAAAUCUGGAAUGUAAAAUUUGACUCAUUCUUUAGGAACAGUACAUAAAUGGUAUCAUUUUGCUACCUAUGGAAAGUAAACUGACAAAUUCUUUAUUUUGUUAUUAAUAAAUAAAAAUCAUUUGAACUCAUAUUUUCAUUUUCCUCAAUUCAGCAGUCCAGUUUUUUUGCCGAGUACAUUUGUCAUCAUGAAUAAGGUAUGAAGUGGAAGAUUAACUUUGAAAAGCAUGAAUUAAGAUUAUCAUUAGUAGUGAUAUUUAAGUGAUGGCCCGGGCAGUUUUUGCCACACAAAAAAGGAGUAUUUGCCCCCUGAAAACAACAGGAGGCAAUUUCUAACUAACUAUAGAACAGUCAUAAUAACAUAACCAUGUAAACUACUAACUGGUCAGAUAAUUUAGCCUUUUUUUCUAAAUUAGAAGGUUGAUCUGGUUUCCAGCUCUUUUUUCCUUUUGAUAGUGAUUUUCUCAGUCUCCUUUGACUCCUCUUUAUAGAAUGAUUUUUACUUUCACUAGAAGGCGGGCCCAACAACAAUUCAUUAUAUUUAUCAUUAUUGUUUCUACAUAUACGCACCACCCCAUAAUAGUACUAAUAACAAACUAAUGAUGCUGCUUUUCUUAGAAACUAAUUUGGAGUUCAUAUCUUGUGAUAAAUACUCUGUACCUUAUGAAACCAUAGAACAUCUCUUUCUAAAAUUUAUUUGGAUGACUGCUUCUCAUAUCUUUCUGUCCCCCAACUUGAUCAUAUUCCCAAAGCAGGCAGUAAAUUACUAUACUUGGGAAUCAAGCUGUUUUUUUAUCAGCUGCUCUUGAUAGCAUGAACAAUAGACAUCUUGUUUCACAUGUUAUUUUUAUCUGUUAAUAGAAUAAAGAAUUUGUCAGUUUACUUUUACUGGUAACAAAUGAUAAACACUUUUUCUGUCCCAUGAUAACUCAGUUCAUGAUUUGAGUUCUUCUGUUAAUAACAAGGGUUUUAUUGCCAGGAUAAUUACUCACAUUUGGAGACUAGAGCAAUUUAUGAGGUGCCCAGCAGAAGGUGCAGCUGGAAGAAGCAUCUUAUGUCAAUAGAAAAACAAAAGUUAAUCUCUUCAUGUGGCAAUUACUCGAGUUAACUUCUUAUGUGAAUAGUACUCAAUUAUAUGAUUACAUAUUUUUGUGUCAAUUAAUGUUGUCAACAGUAAAAACAAAGCUGCUACAAAAGCAUCUUUGGUUAUUGGAUAUCUUACUAGCAAUGUGACUUCCUUGGCAAUUUUGCUAGCAAGUAGCUAUGGAACCUGUAAAAAAUCAGGAUAUGAACAUAUGCUACUUUAUUUAUUGGGACAUCACUAAGAGAGGAAAGAUGACCUGAAAGACAAUUGUAUUGGACAGUCUUCCCUAGGUAAAAAAAAAAAAAAAAAAAAAAAAUGUGCCAA